UUUAAGGACCAUUGUUGAUAUUCUAUUGGUCUGUAAAGGGGAAGGACAAUCAUAAACUUGCUUUAUUGAAUUAUUCUCUCAGGGGGGGUCAGUGCUGAAAGUAGCUUAAAUCUGGAUUGUUGAAUUGCCGAUGAGAAACAAAUGUUUUAUGGAGAUGAGGACAAUCCCGACAAGGUUCCAGCUAUGCGGUGUGGUGGAGUACGCUGUGUCCGUAUGCGGUGCUUUACCAGAAAGAUGACCAGAUCCACAGAUCUCCUGCACAUGGGAACUAGGACACAUCCAAGGCUCCUCCGGGUAUCCUUCCUAGUCCUUCUUCUUCAUGCAGCCAUAGCCUCUUCCCUAUCUGCCCCGCCAUCUUUGUCCUCACCGCCAUCAAAUGCACAGCUUAAAACAACAACCACACCACCUACACCAAAUACUACCAUAUCAACUAAAACUACCGCACUUUCUACACCAAAUACAACCACAACAAUUACUUCAACCACAACAACUACACCAACUACAUCCACACCAACCACAACCGUGUCAGCUACAACAACCACAUCUACUACAACAUCUACCACCCAAAGUACUGUAGCAUCAACCAUGUCACAUACUAACACAGCAACUGCACCCUAUCCAACCACAUCAGCUACAACCACGACACCUGCAGCUCCAUCAACCAUACCAUCCACAGCUACAUUAACCACCACUUACAUUCCUUCAUCUAACACUCUAAACACAUCAACAGUCGUGGUGCCCAUGUCGAAUGCAGCAGCACCAAAUGCAUCCACCACCCCACCCCCCACAUCACAUACAACCCCUCACCCAUCACCACUGCACACUGCCUCAUCCAACAUGACUAGUGGACCAAUGGCAUCCACUGUGCCAUCUCCAUCCACUACCUCUACGCUGCACUCAACCUCACCCAUCAUGUUGUCCACCGCUAACAUGACCUCGAAAAAUGACACAUUUCCGGGACACUCCACGCCUUUACCAACAACAGUCACCUCUAACGUCACAACAGAGCCAACAAAGGUGCAUUGCAACUUCUCACAGCUCUGUGCCAAUCAGUCUGUUUACUACUGGAUGGUCCUUGCUGUGGAUGUGACUGGAGACCUGAAGAGUGAAACGGACAUCAGUGACUGGUUGUGGGAUCUAUUUCAUACUCACUUGGACACCUGCGAGCCCUACAAACCUGAACAAUCAAAUGGCACAAACUCGACAGACACACUGCGAACCACCUCAGUCAGUCCAGCAUAUCCCACCCCCUACAACAUGACCACACGGUCAUACAACUUCACCGCAGCAACACCAUCCCAGAACUUCACGACAGCACAAACGCUGAACUACAGCUCGACCCCCUCGCACGACUUCAGCAUGACGGCCUUGACAACAAACAUGACAACCAUGCUUUACAAUCACAGUAUUACUACUCCUUCACACAACCAUGGCAUGACUACCACACUCUACAACCAUAACCUGACUACACCAUCACACAACUACAGCACAACUCAUUCUCCCAGCUGUACCAUGUCUGCCACCACUAGUAAAGAGCACGAAGGUGGAAAUAUGACUGCCGCCAGCCUGUUUCAAGAGGACUAA